GGUGGGUGAGCGUGCGCCCUCGGCAGACAGUCAAGCGCAAAAGACACACGGCUCAUCCGCUCGCCUCCCCAUUGACGUCAGUCCGGUAUCACAUGAACGAGCGGGGACCAAUCGGCACAGCUCUGCCGGAGAGUGCUGGCUCCUUUACACCAAGAUAGGGGGAAAAGACUGAAUAAAAGGAAACCGAGCCAGUGAGCCUGUAAUGACCACAAAACCCCACCGAGGAGACUAGAGCCACCGCCAUUGGAUAUUUCGCCCUUUUUCCUUUUCUUCUCAUGCGUUCCUCGCUGUGGAUUAUUCUGUUUGGCACCGGGGCGGACGGAAUGGAUAAGGCCAUGGCCCUAACAUAUUGAAUAGCUCGUUGGUGGUGGGGGGGAGGCGAGACGCGCACCGUGGAGACAAUUCAUGGGGCAUUGUGCGGGGAGGAAAAUGGUGGAUUAUUUGCACUGUAUCAUAAAAACCUUCCCUUGUCUGGAUAUCCUGCCAUAAGACACUGUUUGGUGGUAUUUCUGUGGCUGUUUUGGCCGUGUCUACAGUCAUUGAGGUCGUGUUAUAGCGGUAGGUAGGUAGGUACCCCCCUCCUGCUCGAUCAGAGCGACCUCAGACAUUUCAAUUUUUUAAUAUACAUGUAGGAUUCUUGUAUCCUUGCGACGCGUUCACCCUCCCCUCCGCGAGAGUAACAUUUGGAAACAAUAAACUGUUGGAUUACUGAACUAUGGAUUUCAACAGCAGCAGCGGCGGCGGCGGGGGCAACGAGCUGCACAACAACCAGUUUUAUCAGUGCGAGGAGAACAAGCCUCUGCUGGGGGAGAUGUCGGAGGGGAAUAAUAACACCAAGCUGGGCGCAGGGCCGUGUAAGAGGUCCCUGCACCACUGCAGCAGCAGCGGGAUGCGCUACAAGCUGCUCCACGAGGGGGACAUCCAGGUGUGUGUGGUCAAACACCCCCGCACCUUCCUCAGCAAGAUCCUCACCUCCAAGUUCCUGCGGAGAUGGGAGCCGCACCACCUCACGCUCACAGACAGCAGCCUGACCUCGGCCACCCCCACUGGUUACAUGGAGACGUCAUUGUCUUACAGCUCCAUAGAGGACCUGCAGCUCCUUUCAUGGGACAAUGCUCCAAAGUACUGUGUCCAGCUCAGCUUCCCUGGUGGCACUGUCCUGCUGCAGGCUGCUAACAGCUACUUAAGGGACCAGUGGUUUCACUCCCUGCAGUGGAAGAAAAAGAUCUACAAGUACCGUAAGGUCUUGAACAACCCGAGCCGCUGGGACGUGGUGCUGAAGGAGAUCAGAGCACUGGUGGACAUGGCUCUGACUUCACCACUGCAGGACGAGUCCAUCCACCAGGCUCCACUGCACAUCAUCUCCACCCUGCUGGCUGAGAACUCUAAUCUCAGCACUCAGGAUCAUGAGAACAUUAUUGUGGCCAUUGCUCCUCUUCUGGAAAACAACCACCCACCACCUGACCUGUGCGAGUUCUUCUGUAAGCACUGUCGGGAGCGGCCGCGGUCGAUGGUCGUGAUUGAAGUGUUCACUCCUGUGGUCCAAAGAAUCCUCAAACAUAACAUGGAUUUUGGAAAGUGCCCUCGACUGCGUCUCUUCACUCAGGAGUACAUCCUGGCUCUCAACGAGCUGAACGCUGGGAUGGAAGUCGUCAAGAAGUUCGUCCACAGCAUGCACGGGCCAACGGGGCAGUGCCCUCACCCGCGUGUCCUGCCAAACCUGGUGGCAGUGUGUCUUGCUGCUAUUUACUCCUGUUAUGAGGAGUUCAUCAACAGUCGGGACAACUCCCCCAGCCUGAAGGAGAUCAGAAACGGCUGCCAGCAGCAGAACGACCGCAAACCCCCGAUGCCACUCCGCCUGCUGCGCCCCGAGCCUCCCACGCCGCCUCCCACCACCUUGCUCCCCCUCUCCGCCAACCCCAGUCCUCCUCAGCCGCCUCCCCCGGCCCCAUCAAACCCCGCCCCAUCCAUCCCCAUCUCCUCCCCAACGCCCUCCCUGCCCCUCUCUCCUCCCCCUUCCGUCGUCAACUCCAGCGAGAUCCUGGUAGAGCUGGAGCGCAACAACAACUCGGCCAACGCCAAGCGGAAGGCCGGGCCUUCUGGGGGCGACAGCGAACCCAACCUCAUCGACUGUCUGCUGGUCAGCCCGGCCGUCAACACUCUGUCCAUCCAGCUGCCAGCGCAGGCCGACCGCGUGCUGGGCUGCUUCGCUCUCAUCCUCAAGAUGCUGUCGGACUACGAUGACUGGAGACCUGCUCUGGCCAGCCUGCUGCAGCCCAUCCCCUUCCCUAAAGAGGCCCUUGCACAUGCCAAAUUCACAAAGGAACUGAAAUAUGUUAUUCAGAGGUUUGCGGAGGACCCAAGGCAGGAGGUCCAUUCCUGCCUACUCAGUGUGCGUUCAGGUAAAGACGGCUGGUUCCAGCUCUACAGUCCAGGAGGAGUGGCCUGUGAUGACGAUGGAGAGCUGUUUGCCAGUAUGGUUCAUAUCUUGAUGGGCUCCUGCUAUAAGACCAAGAAGUUCCUUCUCUCACUGGCUGAAAACAAGCUGGGUCCCUGCAUGCUGCUGGCUCUACGUGGAAACCAGACCAUGGUGGAGAUUCUGUGUCUGAUGCUGGAGUACAACAUCAUCGAGAACAAGGACACCCAGCUGCAGAUCAUCUCCACCCUGGAGAGCACCCAGGUGGGCCUCCGCAUGUACGAACAGCUCUGUGAUCGACAGAGAGAGCUCAAAGAGCUGCAACGGAAAGGAGGCCCCACCCGCCUGACUCUGCCCUCCAAGUCCACGGAUGCAGACCUGGCUCGCCUGUUGAGUUCAGGCUCUUUUGGGAACUUGGAGAACCUGAGCUUGGCCUUCACCAAUGUCACCAGUGCCUGUGCCGAGCAGCUCAUCAAGCUGCCUUCACUCAAACAGCUCAACCUCUGGUCCACACAGUUUGGGGAUGCAGGGUUGAGGUUGUUAUCUGAGCAUCUGGCCUGUCUUCAGGUUUUGAACCUGUGUGAGACUCCUGUCACUGAUGCUGGUCUGCUGGCUCUCAGCUCUAUGAAGAGUCUGUGCAGUCUGAACAUGAACAGCACCAAGCUUACAGCUGACACAUAUGAGGACCUCAAGGCCAAAUUGCCCAACCUGAAAGACGUCGAUGUCCGGUACACAGAGGCCUGGUGAUCGACCACGCUCACACACACGCUCUCAUACAUAACCAGACACACACAUAAACAUAUGCACACACUGCACACAGACUCAGAUACAUACAUGACAAUUGUGUGGUGAUGUCAUCUCCAUCGUCGCCAUCAUUAGACCUGGAACUCUGACAUCGCAGCGCGAGGAUGACCUCAAGUAACCAGAUCAUGGUUAAAGGAGGAGCCUUCAUCAGCUUCAGAUGUCAUCAUCAACCCCUGUAGUCGCCAGGAAGGAACUAUCACUUUUUUUCUAAAUGAGAAAUCUUUAUGGACCUUGUCGCGCCCCUUACUUGUAAAUGGACCUUGUUUUUACCAACAUGAUCAGAGGACAUGCAAGGACCCGCCAUGUUGUGACAAAAGGGACCCUUUUUCUCUCUCUGUCUUUAUCCUUUGCCUUUUCUUUCAUAUAUGGUUUCUCAGUUUUCAUAUACAGGCAUAUACAGCCAGCUGUUGCCCCCCACUCCCCCUCCCCCCCUCCACCUGUGUGUGCGUGUCAUGAGGAACAUCUGAACGGAGUCCCUCCCCUCAGAGCCUUCGUCUCUUUUUUUUUCUCUCUCUCUCUCUCUCUCUCUCUCUCAUGCCCUCGUGCGAUGAAGACUGGAUACAGCAGCUCACAUUCCAGCUCUUCUCAGAUCGGAUCCACAAUGUAGCUCUGUGUCGAACCGCUCCUCACUUCAGUCCUCACCUUCACGCUCUCUAGCUUCAGUUUUCAUGUUUCUGAUUCCGGCCUUUUCAAGUCUUUCAUUGGGAAAAACGAGGUGCUACCUCUGUGAGAAAAGAAGAGUUGCAAGACUGUGCCUAUUCCUCAUAUAAGACACGUUCACACACAAAAAGGAAAAAAAAAAAACAACAAAAAAAAAAAAGGUUUUUAUCAACUUGAAUGAACAUAUUUUUCCAGACAUCUGUGCUUUCAUAUAUUGUGUGUUUCUAUCUAAAACAUACGUAUAUGAAGAUGACCCCCAGUGAUGACAUUUCAGAAACAUUUCAGGAGAUCUGCAGGAAAGUUAAAUGGCGAUGGCAACAUUUCCUUUUUCAUUUAUUUUCAGUGUACAUACUGAUGAUCUCCCAUUACUAUUUAAUAGGACAGUUGUGUAGCAGUAGCUGGGUGGUCUGGGACUGCCUGAUAUUUAUAAGUUGUCUCUAAAGCCUCCUUUACUCUGUCUCUCCUGGAUUUUGUCCUAGCAGUAAUGAAGUACACAAGCCCUGUCUAUUUUUUUUUUUUCUCUUUUGCGACCCCUAACACAAGAAGCCAACGAAGACGGAUACAUGGAUCUCUCUGCACCAUGCAAUGGUGGUAGCGUAGACCUGUAAAAGUAAAGUGGACGUUCUUAAGUGGACCUGUAAACCAGACCUAUCACCAGCUGAGAGUUUGUAUAUUUUCAUAUCCUCUGCUAUCUUUUUUUUUUUUUCUUGGCUCUGUUGGAGAUGGUUUGAAAAGAAGAAAGGACACUUGCCAAACAUUUUCAUCAAAUGUAGGUUUUAUUUUGUGCACUUAACUUCAUCAGGCCGACAUGAGCUUGGUUUCUAAUCAAAGCUGAUGAAGUGGAACUUGUGGCGACCCACCUGUGGAGAGACUGACACUGUUUUGGCCUCAAGUCUCUGGCCUUCCCCGCUGGGGUCAGAGUGGAGGGUCUCAGCGCCUCUAGUGGAGCUGUGGAUGAGUUGCCUCUUGUUAUCUUUCUACCUGUCACACCACCUGUUUUCAACUGUUCUGCUGUAUUUAUAUUACGCCAUAAUACAUGGGUGGCAGUUUCAGGCUAAUUCUCAUCCAGGGAUGGGACAAAAUUACUGUACAUAUUCUAUCACAAUGGGCUAUAAGGGACAGAAGUUUGGAAAAAGGCACCUUUUGGCCAUAUUUGCCCAUCUACAUUCCCUCAAAGUGUUGCCUGUUUAUUGUGGCAACAUUUCAUAUGAUGUGGUAACUGCCCUGACACACUGCAAGUCUGUCAGUUUCCCUCUCUGUCUUGUCUUGUGUCAGUACUCCUCCCCCAACCCAAACACACACAAACACACACACAUACACACACACACACACACAUACACACACAUACACACACAUACACACAAGUCAGAUUUCCACCCUUGUUCCAGUCAGCCUCGCUCUGACUGCAUCCAUCCAUUUUUAUUUAUAUGUGUCCACCUCCAGAAUGCUCCGGAUGUUUGUUGAAUUGAGACACAAGCUGCAGCAGAGAACAGGAUGCCGUCCGCCCCCAGAUGUUUUGUUUCGUAUUUAUUGGGUGCCAUGACAGUUUUCUGUUUGGCCUGUAGACUCAGUUUGUGUACGGCCAUCUUUGGGUCUGGCUUUAAGACCUCGUGCUCUCUUUCAUAUCCUGUAUGAUGUAUAUACAAGUGUAUAUAGUCGUCUCCUCCCCUCUUCUCUUUGAACCAUUUUUUUUCCACCCUUCCUCCUUUUUCUUCUUCUUCAUCCCUUUUUCUGUAUUUCUCUCGGCCUUCCUCCAUUGGCAGGCUGAUGUUGCCUUCAUCUUAACGAUGUGUGUGGUUGUUUGUUUGUUUUUUCACACAAAGUGCACUGUAAUCUAAGAAAUGUUUUCAAUGAGUAAUAUCUUUUAAGUUUCCAACUUUAUUGAUUUGAUCACUUUAAUCAAACAUUUGUUUCCUGUGUUCUUGUUUAGUUGUUUUUUUUUUUUUUUUUUGCAUGUAUACAUGUUGCUGCAUCAUCUGGUAUUUUUAUUUUAUAAGUUUGUUUUAUAAAAGGUUUGAAAUAUAAAGGGUGUGAUCACUAUCUCACUGAGGUUAAGGACUGAAAUGGAGAGAUCCGGUCUAACUUUUUUCUGAUUGGUUGUUGCCAGGAUCUACCCAUGAGCCCUGACAGAUCCUGUUGGUCAAGGCAGUUAGGGUUAGACUGAAAAAAAGAAAAGCCAAUACUGUUACUUUUAGACUGAAGCUGCCCUUGGCUGAGAUUUCAUAAACACAAGUUUGACCACUUUCAUAUCAAAAAAGAAAAUAUUUCUUGUUUCCCCAAGAACUGUAUUGUAAUCCUGCCACACGAUCAUAUCAGAGGUGGACCACACAGACUGACUAUUAUCAUUUUGAAAUAAAGGUGUUGGUUCCACACAUCAGUUUAAACUUACUGCAGUUUUGUUUUACCCUGAUGUUCUUUAAGUCUGAUUGUUAAAAAGCAAUAGUUUGACAUUUUGUCUUUUUUGCUUUCUUGGUGACAGUUAGAUAUGAAGAUUGAUACCACUCUCACGUCUGUACACUAAACAUAAGGCUACAGCCAGUCAUCGGUUAGCUUAGCUUAGCAAGACUGGACAGGUAAACAGCUAUCCUAGCUCUGUCCAAAGGAUGUAAAAAUCAGCAAAAGGUCACUAAUCAACACGUUAUAUCAUUUGUUUUUAAAGUAUACAAAAACCAAAGUGUAAAAGGUCUCCACUGGUUGCCAAUGAAGAUGAGACUCUAGGGAGUCAAACCACCUAGCCAAGAAAAAUCUGGUACAUAAUCCCUGUAAAACCACAAGGUGUCAUUUUUACACUGGAUUUUUAAACAAACAAGAUAUCACAUGUUCAUUAGCUUAGCUUCAUUAGCUUUAGAGGUGCGGGUAGGCCGAUUUUUUUAUAGAGCCCAGCUAGCUGUUUCCUCCGUCUUCCAGUUUUCAUGCUAAGCUAAGCUAACCUACUGC